AUGCCGAAGCUACAGCACGCCAACCACGCCAGCAGCUUCCGCCACGGCCAACACCACGUGCAGCAAAUAACCGACUUGCUCGGCUGGCCAGAGCUCGUCGACCCGCCGGUGAACGGCUCCUACUACAAUGACGCAGUAGACGACCACUCGGCCUCUGUGGCAGCGGCUACUCGUCGCUGGUCGCAGCGGUUCUACGUUGAUGAGCGAUUCUGGUGCGGCGGCGCAUGUCCAGUCUUCCUUCUCAUCGGCGGCGAGGGGCCUCAGGGCCCUCCGACUCCGCGGCUGCUGCUCUGGCACCUCGCUCGAAAGCACAGCGCCUUGAUGCUCGCAAUCGAGCACCGCUUCUAUGGCGAGAGCCGCCCAACCGAUAGCCUGACCGUCUCCUCUCUACGCCUGCUCACCUCUGGGCAAGCGCUCGCAGACAUUGUCCGCUUCAUCGGGUACGUGUCCUCGGUGGAACCAGGCGUACCCGACGGCAGCUCGUCGCCUCCCCUUCUCUUGAAGCGCGGAGCCGCGCGCGGUGCGUGGGUCGCCUUUGGUGGAAGCUACGCAGGUGCGCUGACAGCGUGGCUAAAGCUCAAGUACCCCUGGGCUGUCACCGCCGCCGUCGCCUCGUCUGCGCCAGUGUACCCUCUCUUCGAUUUCCGGCAAUACGCGCAGGUAACUGGCUCAGCUUUGGCGUACUCGCCGAUCGGGGGCUCGCAAGCGUGUCUUGGCGUCCUACACGCCGGAGCCGAGGAGCUCGCUGUCGCGGUGUCCGGCGGGGCGCUGGCUCUUCGCUCGCGACGCUGCCCGCUGCCAGCGGCGCUGUGCCCGUGCACGAGUGCGGAGACCCGCCUUGACACCGCGGCUUACUACAGUUCGAUCCUGGCGCAGUUUCAGAGUGUCGCGCAGUUCAACCAGCAGGGCCGCUUCCCUGAUGUUGCCGAUGUUUGUGAGGUGACUCUCAGCGCUUGGAAGUGGCGACUCGAACUCGACGACAAGCCGGCCAGGCUCGCGCCCAAUCGAGAGGAUCGUGCCGCGCGUGCAGAGGGGCAGCAGCAGCCGCUCGACCUCGCCCAGGGCCACGUCUAA